UCAUCACAAAAGCUUUAUUUAAACAGAUAAUAAUUCAUUUCUCCAAUAAUAUUUAUUUAAACAUAUUCAAACAUCACCCCAAAAUUACGAACAAACUUUAUUAGAUAUUGUAAAAUCUGGUUCUUCAAACUAGAUUGAAACUUGAACUGCUCACCUAUCUUCCAUCUACCCUUAACAUUUCAGUUAUACUGAUGAGAUUACCCACACGUGAUUCAGAAUUUAAAAUAAAAUAUCAUCUCUUAAUAAGCAUCAUUUAAUCAAAAUAAUAAAUUUGAUCAUCUAAGUACUGAAUAUUAUUUGCUGAAUUAAUAUCCAAUGUGCCUGAAGACAUUAAUAACAUCCUUUCGAGCUCACGUGCAUGUAAUCAUUCCAAAGUUAGGAUAUAAACGGUUUGAAGUUAACGAAAAAAAAAAAAAAGACAAAGAUACAUUUUGCAACAAUUCUUUACCAUAGUUUUUUGUGAGAAGGUCGUGCAGGUACCGGCAUGGUAAGACAUUGAAUCCUUUGAACUUGUUUUCAAACCAACGAUCUCAUGAUUAUAUUUAAUCGAGGUCGAAACACUGCAGUUCAAUACAAUGAAGGUCAUAUUGAAUAUUUGUGUUUUUAUUGAGUUGCAAGAUUGCUAUGACAGUGUUUAAAUAAUUUUGUUUUUUCAUCGUAAAUAAUAAGCUCUCAACAAAUAGCCAGUUGCUGACAAGGCAAUCAUCGUAAUUGUCAUAAGUGUAAUAAGCGUUAUUAAUCUUGGUAGCUGAAUUACAAAGCAAUGAAUUCUAGAGAUGAAUGAUCAAUCAGCAAGCAUAAGUUAAUAAUUCAUUCAUAACCAUCCUCAAGUUGGAACUUCAAGUGAUACUCAUCAAAAUAUGAAGAAAAAAAGUAUGUAAUCAAUAUGAAGUGGAAAAGUAAAGUUAAUUGUGAAAUGAAGAAUGAAUCACAAUGUAAUGUAAAAAAGAGAAACUCUUAAAACAAUUGGAUAGUUUCUAUCUAAUUCAUAUCAUACCAUUCUCACAUAAAUAAAUAAGAAUAACCCUAUUGUUUUAAGCAAAAUGAUAAAGAGAAGAAAAAAGGAAAGUUAUCAGACUUAAUUCAAGUGGUACAAACAGUUUUAGUGUUGAGAGAAAGUUCAUCAAAGCAGAAUAAAAUAAACUUGUCAGAGAGUUUCAUUUGCAUCGUGAAAAGCAAGACAAAUCACUUGAAUUCAUUCAAGAACAAGAGAUAUAUUUAUUGUCGUCGAAGAGUGUUGAUGUAAUAGUGUGCUGUAAUUUCUACAGUAAGAUCAGAAUAAAAAUAAAAAACAAUUACAUUUGGUUUAUUUUAAGAAACCCCAUGGAGAUCAUCCCUUUGUAUUUAAAACUAGUAAGUUUAUUUAAAUCCACUCCCAAAGCAAUGUCCCGGGUGGUAACGUAUUCCCGGAGGAUGCUGGGAGGUGCAAGAAAGAAGAAACUUAUGAUAAAGUACUGUCAGCAAAAUAGAUCAGAAGUUUGGUAUGGAGCUACAAAGUGAAGUGCCAAUUGAAGAGGUGCACCUUAGUGAUGGGAGUACCUUUUCUGUUGAUCCAAAUGACAUAGUCAGCUAUUUAGACACAACUCUCGUGAGCCAAGUGAUUGAUCAAGAAGAUAAAGUUUCAGAAAAAUUAAAUCAUCAAAGCAUUCUCAUACUAGUCCUCAAAGGUAUCUUGAUGAUUGGAAUAAUAAUCACAGCUCUACUGGGUAAUGCAUUAGUGAUUGCCAGUGUUCGACGUCAUCGCAAGCUUCGAGUGCCAACAAAUCGUUAUGUCGUGAGUUUAGCAGCAGCUGAUUUUCUAGUUGCUGUGUGUGCCAUGACCUUCAAUGCUUCAGUGGAGUUAUCAGGAGGUCGAUGGCUUUUUGGUAGAUUCAUGUGCAACGUAUGGAAUUCAUUUGAUGUCUAUUUCUCCACUGCCUCUAUUUUACAUCUUUGCUGUAUCAGCGUUGACCGAUACUACGCAAUAGUACGUCCUCUAGAGUAUCCAGUUAUUAUGAGAGAUGUAACAGUGACAGCUAUGCUGACUAGUGCUUGGCUAUUGCCAGCAUUCAUUAGUUUUAUACCAAUCUUCAUGGAUUGGUACACCACAUCUGAUCAUUUGGACUAUCUUCAUCAACAUCCUGAGGUCUGCGUCUUCGUGGUUAAUCGACCAUAUGCAUUGAUAAGCUCUUCAGUAUCAUUCUGGGUUCCUGGUCUUGUCAUGAUUGUUAUGUACUGCAAAAUUUACAAAGAGGCAAUAAGACAAAGAGAAGCACUGAGUCGUGCUUCAAGCAAUACUGUAUUAAACAGUGUUCAUUUACACCGAGUUUCAACAUCCAGACAUCACUCACGGACUUCUCAUCAACUUCUCCUACAUCCUAGUGAUGAUUUCCGGCGAACAUCGUGUAAUACAGCAGUUGAGCUCAACGCUGAAAAUGGUACAACGAUACGACAACAAACAAAAAGUUGGAGGGCUGAGCACAAAGCAGCUAGAACUUUGGGCAUAAUUAUGGGAGCAUUCCUUUUAUGUUGGCUUCCGUUCUUUCUCUGGUAUUUAACAACCGCACUAUGUGGUGAGGCAUGUGACUGUCCUGAUGCAGUCGUCUCCGUCCUAUUCUGGAUUGGUUAUUUCAACAGCGCCCUAAACCCACUGAUUUAUGCCUACUUCAAUCGUGACUUUCGAGAUGCAUUCAAAGAUACCCUGAAAAGUGCUUUGCCAUGUUGUGCUGGAUGUUGGAAAACACCGUCGCAGUUUGUGUAGCGAAAACGAGAACGGCAUACAGGUGAUGAUUGCUUUGGUGCUCCAAGUGCCACAGACGCUUGUACUGUAAACUUUGAUAACAGUGAUAAUACCUGACAAUUGUCCAAUUUUUCAUCAAUCCAUAAAUCAUCAAUAUCGACUGUCUCAGCUACGCUUUUCAAUGAAACUAAAUUGUGAUUAGAAAUGAAAGAGAAAUAAUCAAUGAUAUUAAUUAUUUCAGCAAUAAUUUUCACCAUUACAAUUAAUAAUAUUUUUUGAAACUGAACAAAUUUAACUAUAAGAUUAAUUGCACAUAAGUUAUUAUCAAUCUGGUUGAUGAAUAUAUAUAUAUAUACACAUCAGAAUACGUGUAAUAGGAAUAACGAUAAAGUUGACUGCAGAGAUCUAUAUAUACAUAUGUUAUGUAUAUUAUGUCUUUGUCCAGGAGAGUUGAUGCUUUAGUAUGUCUGUGUGUUGGAACUAUGCCAAAGCAGGAAUAAUAGUCAUGAUUAUAAUGAUAUUCGAAUAUUCCAGAAUGUGGAAAAUCCACGUUACUGGGUUCAAAGUCAAGACAUGAAUUGCUAAAUCGUAAAGUGUUAUUAGAGCAGUUGAUCGAAUGAAAAUGUAUAAAAUGUAAUAUAGCAAUAAUGUUAAUGGUUGUACAUACUCAUAAAACACUCGCUUAGCGAGAUUGUUUUUUAAAAAACUUGUAAGAAUGUAUAUUAUAUAUAAUAAUGUAUGUAAAUGUAAAAAAAAAAAAACAAAAAAGUAUUGAUGGAUAUUGACAUAGAUAUCGCUUAGAGUAUCAUUUAUCACCAGAAAUUAUAUCAAGAUCUCAAAGGUGAUGAUUAAAUAAAAUUACAAAUAAUAUUGAUUGAAGAAAUAACAAAUUAAAGUGUAU